AUCAGAGUCUGUAGGUUUGCAGUGAACAUGCUGAGAAGAGUCACAGGCAGAGAUGGCAUGUAGUGCCUUGGCUAUCAUCCUGGCUCAGAGGUAAGAAGAAAGCAGUAAACAUCAGCACCAGCCCCUUGGCAACUAGGCAACUUAGAGGAGGAUGUCCUAUCAAGAUGAAUAUGGGUCAUUCAAGAAUUAACUCCAUACUCAUCUUCUACCUCAGUUUUUUGUUACUCAUCCAUUUAAAAAAGUCAAUUAGCAUAAGAAAUGAUUCCAGGUGCCUGUCAAACUCUUGCCAAAAGAACUCUACAUGUGAUGCUGCUGCUAAGGACGAUUCUUGCCGCUGUGCAGACACAGUUGAUAUUUUGGGGAAAGACUGCAAUAAAACUGAUGAUCCUUGCACCUCAAACCCUUGUCUUCAAAAUGCUACCUGUUUAAGCACUGCAGGAAACCUCAGCUUUACUUGUGAAUGCCACACUGGAACUACCUGUGAAACAGCCAUCAGCCUCUGUGACACAAACCCUUGUAGACAUGGAGGCACUUGUCAGAAUGGCCUGGCUGGCCCUACCUGUGUUUGUAGUGCAGGAUACACGGGCAUGCUGUGUGAGACCUACUUCAAUGUGUGCAUUUCUAAUCCGUGCCACAAUGGAGCAUUGUGCAGGGAAGGAAUUGACGGGUACUCCUGCUACUGUGUCCCAGGCUAUCAAGGCAAGCACUGUGACCUGGAAGUAAAUGAAUGUGAUUCAGAUCCCUGCUUGAAUGGGGCUACAUGUCUGAACCAGAUAGGCAAGUAUGACUGCAUCUGCCCAGCUGAGUAUAUGGGUAUAAACUGUGAGCUGGAGACUGAUGAGUGUUUGUCACAGCCCUGUCUAAAUGGUGCAACCUGUCAUGAUACUUUGGGUAGCUAUUUCUGUUCCUGUGCACUUGGAUUCCUAGGUGAACUCUGUGAAAUCAACAUUGAUGAGUGUGCCAGUCAGCCAUGCCUCAAUGGAGGGCAGUGUAUAGAUGAUGCCAAUCGGUAUAGCUGCAACUGUACCAGUAGUGGAUUUAUGGGCCUGCACUGUGAAAUCUUAAUUCCCUUAUGCCAGUCCCAACCAUGCCACAAUAAUGCUACCUGUGAGGACAGCGCUGAGAAUUAUACAUGCCACUGUUGGCCAGGGUAUGCGGGUUCCCAUUGUGAGAUUGAUGUAAAUGAAUGCAGCAGUAAUCCAUGCUUCUACCAGAGUGAAUGUGUGGAGCUGUCCUGGACAACCUGGUAUGGACGUAUUCUAGAACUGCCAGCAGAUUUCAGCUACAGCAGAGCAUCGGGUUAUGUGUGUAAUUGUCGGCCAGGAUUCACAGGUAUUCACUGUGAAGAAGACAUCAAUGAAUGUUACAUGAACCCUUGUCAAAAUGGUGGCACCUGUGAGAAUUUUCCUGGAAAUUACACUUGUCAUUGCCCAUUUGGAGAGAAGGAGGGGAUUUCUUAUGGUGGCAGGAACUGUACGGAGGUCCUCCUUGGCUGCAAUGACCAUCAAUGCCAAAACAGUGGUUUAUGUAUCCCUCAUUUAAAAAAUGGCCACCAUGGAUCCAGCUGCAUCUGCCCACCUGGGUAUACUGGAACACACUGUGAAACAAUAACCACCUUUUCUUUUGAGGGAAAUGGUUUCCUUUGGGUGAACAGUGACAUGACAGCUGUACAGGGAUCUUUCUAUAACAUAAACCUGAGGUUUCAGACUGUGCAACCUACAGCUUUUAUAUUUCACCGAGGGGAGAAAGAUACAUUUGUCAGGUUGGAAUUACUGAAUGGCUGCUUACACUUAUUCAUGCAAGUCAAUAACCAGACACAGGUUCUUUUGCAUAUUUCACAUAAUGUCAGUGAUGGAGAAUGGCAUUCCGUGGAGGUAACCUUAGCAAGAGCUGUUACCCUUAAUUUACUUGACAGUUCUUGUAUGGAAUCAUGUGUCAAUAAAUCUACUACUGCAAUAGAUAGUGAUCAACUGAUGCUUGCAUUUCAGAGCACAUUUUUGGGUGGUUUGCCAGUGGGAAACAUGAGCAGUGACUCUCCACCUAACAUCUAUAAUAUGCAUUCUGCACCUUCAUUUGUAGGAUGUCUUCAGGACAUUGAAAUAGACUUGAACAUUAUUACCCCUGAGAACAUAUCAAGUGAAACAUCUUUAAAUGUCAAAUCAGGCUGUACGAAACAGGACAGGUGUGAAAACCACCCUUGUCAAAAUAGGGGACGCUGCAUCAACUUGUGGCUGAGUUAUCAAUGUGACUGCUACAGGCCCUACACAGGGCCAAACUGUUCAACAGAGUACAUGCCAGGCCGAUUUGGACGUGACGACUCCUUGGGGUAUGCUGCUUUUUCUGUUGAUGGUAGUCAGAACGAAAACAUGACUAUAUCAAUGUUUGUCCGAACACGGAAGUCUUCUGGCUUGUUACUAGCUGUGAGGAACUGUACAUCUCUGUAUAUAAGGAUCUGGUUGGAAGAUGGGAAACUAGUCAUGUUAGCCUCAAAUUCCACCAAAUUGUUCAGCACAUGGACUGUGAGUGAUGGAAAUUUUUACUUAAUAUCAUUAAAAAUAGAGCCAAAUAAGGCUGAAUUGUUCCAGUCAUCUCAACAGCUAGGCUACAUUUCUACCCCAAUACUAACAGUCCAAAGUGGGGAUAUUCUCUAUAUUGGAGGACUCCCAGACAAACAAGAAACUGAUGUAAACGGUGGGUAUUUUAAAGGCUGUAUCCAAGAUUUAAGACUGAAUAAUCAACAGCUGGAAUUCUUCCCCACUACCACAUCACUGUAUUCUGUCAUCAACCGAACACUGAUCAAUGUGACCCAGGGUUGUACUGGUGACAAUCUUUGCAAGUCCAACCCUUGCCACAAUGGUGGCAUUUGCUAUUCUAUCUGGGAUGACUUCACUUGCACAUGCCCCCCAAACACAGCAGGGAAAGCAUGCGAGGAAGUUAAGUGGUGUGAGCUCAGCCCUUGUCCUCACGAAGCACAGUGCCAGCUGGUACACCAAGGAUUUGAAUGUGUUGCCAAUGCAGUGUUUAGCGGCAGAAGCAGUGCAAUAUUUUACAGAACCAAUGGGAAGAUAAGGAGAGACCUCACCAAUAUCGUAUUUGGCUUUCGGACUAGGGAUGCUGAUGUGAUACUGCUGUAUGCCGAGAAGGAGCCAGAGUUCAUUACCAUUAGCAUUCAGAAUACAAAGCUAGUGUUUCAGCUGCAAAGUGGCAACAGCUUUUAUGUGCUGACCCUAGCUAGUUCACAGCCCGUGAAUGAUGGGAAAUGGCACAAAGUGAUUCUCUCUAUGACAGAACCCUUAUCCCAGUCAUCUAGAUGGCACAUUGAUAUAGAUGAUAAAAAAGACACUGCAACUAGUACAGUCGCCACAGGAAGCCUCAACUUCCUAAGAGAAGAAAUAGAUAUUUAUGUUGCCGACAAGGCUUUUGACAAUCUGGAUGGCCUAAGGGGAUGCAUGAGCACUAUAGAAAUCAGCGGCAUUUAUCUCUCAUACAUUGAAAAUUAUGAUGGUCACACUAAAAAACCUCAAGAAGAACAAUUCCUCAAAAUAUCUGCAAAUUCUGUUGUUACUGGCUGUUUGCAAUUGGAUGCCUGCAGCUCUGAUCCCUGUAUGUAUGAUGGGAUAUGUGAAGAUUUAUAUAGUUACUAUCGUUGUACAUGUCCCAAGGGAUGGACUGGCAGGCAGUGUGAAACCAACAUUGACGAAUGCUUUUCAAACCCCUGCGUUCAUGGAAACUGCUUGGAUAGAAUCGCAUCCUACAAGUGCAGUUGUGAUCCUGGUUAUACUGGAGUAAACUGUGAAGAGGACCUAGACAACUGCCAUGGUCACCUGUGUGCAAAUGGGGCAACUUGCAUAGAUGGAGUUAACACUUAUUCCUGCCUGUGUGCUGAUAACUUCACUGGAAAAUUUUGCAGGCACGCCAGGCUACCUUUUUCGGUCUGUGGGAAUGAGAAGAGAAAUCUCACUUGUUACAACUAUGGCAACUGUACUGAGCUCAAAGGCGAGUUGAGAUGUAUGUGUCUGCCAGGCUUUAGUGGAGAACGGUGUGAAACAGACAUUGAUGAGUGCAACUCUGAUCCAUGCAUGAAUGGAGGCCUCUGCCAGAACCUACUUAACAAAUACCAGUGCAUCUGUGAUGUAAACUAUGCUGGUGACCGCUGUGAGGUAGAUUUGACAGCUGACUUGAUCUCGAACAUAUUCACCGCCAUUGGCUCAGUAUCGUUGGCCUUGUUAUUGAUCCUCUUCUUGGCAGUUGUUAUUUCCAUCAUAGCUGCUAACAAACGGGCAACUCAAGGGACCUACAGCCCCAGCCGGCAGGAGAAAGAGGGAUCCCGUGUGGAGAUGUGGAACAUGGUGCAGCCACCACCGAUGGAAAGAUUGAUAUAGCAGAAAACACUCCUCUGUGCUACACACUGGCAGGCAUCUGGCUGAAAGGAAAUAGAGUAAAUAUGAUGGAAUGGUGGUUAAUUUUGUUUUUCAUACCAAGGAAUAUGUGAUGACUUUAGAGGCUGUUGAAAAUAUUUGGCAUUUAAUCCAAUAAUCUUAAAGGUCUUUAGUAUUUGAGUGAACUGAUGCCAGCUUCUUGGACUUCUUGAACUUGGACCAGCUUCUCAAAGGACAAUUUUGUUUGCACUGGAAUUUUCAGCCUUGGUAAUCAGCAGUACGCCUUACAGAGUGUAAUGGCUUCUGGGAAACAUGUAAGUGCCUGUCUCUCAGAGUUUGAACCACAGCUUCUGUUUUGCUUUUCCCUUUGACAGCCUAAUGAUCAUUGUUGCAGAAGACAACACAGAGAAAUAAAAUAAGCCUGUACAAUAAAUACAUCAUAAUUAUGUCAUGAGAGGUAUUAGCA